AUGGAUGAAGAUUUGAAAAUAAGUAGUAAAAAGAAGGUCAAGAAGGGUGAAGGAGUUGGCGCUUUUGGCGUUUUGGGCCUUAAUAAAGCCAUUUGCUUGACGUUGCAGAGAAAAUUUAAGUACAACCAGCCUUCUUCAAUUCAAAGGAAGACGAUUCCUCAUGUUCUGAACAAAUCAGAUGUAGUUUGUAUCGCAAGAACCGGCUCGGGGAAGACCAUAGCCUACUUAGCGCCCAUUGUCCAGCUGUUGGAAGUCCACUCGAAAAUUGUAGGAACCCGGUGCUUGAUCCUGCUUCCGACAAGAGAGCUGGCUCUGCAAGUUGAGAGUGUGCUGAAAAAGUUCAUAAACUUCUCGAACCAGGCAGAUCGGCUGAGGCACGCGACGCUGAUCGGAGGCAAAUCGCUGGAAACGCAAUUCGGGUCCCUCAGCUUCAACCCUGACAUAGUUAUCGCAACGCCCGGAAGGCUGGCUCAGCACCUGGUGGAGAAGAGUUUCAGCCUGUCGCUUAUAAACCACUUAGUGAUCGACGAGGCGGACAAGUUGUUUGAGAUGGGAUUCCUGCCGGACCUAUACAAGGUAUUUUCGCAGCUCCCGAAAAUGAGACAAGUCAUACUGGUGAGCGCAACGCUGCCGACACAGGUGUCGGAGUUCAUAGCGUUCGGGUUAAAUGAUCCCAAAAUAACGAAAAUUGAGCAGGACUUACAAAUCAACGAGCAGUUGGAACUGACGUUUGUGUACUCGAGGAGUGAAGAGAAGAUUGCCACGUUGAUUAGGGUCCUGAACACACAUAAGGGGCUUAAGUGUAUACUGUUUGUGGCCACGAGGCACCACGUUGAGUUUUUCAGAAGCCUACUGGGUGGAAUGAAUUACAGUAUAUCCUGCAUAUACGGCUCAAUGGAGAUGAACGCGAGGAUGAUAGAAAUGAGUAGGUUCAGAGGAGGGAAGACGAAGAUACUGGUGGUCACGGACCUGGCGUCAAGAGGCCUGGACAUACCGUUCGUGGACCUGGUGAUCAACUACGACUUCCCGUACUCGACGAAGCUGUUUGUGCACAGAGUAGGGAGGACUGCAAGGGCAGGGCGUCAGGGCAAAUCAGUGUCAAUAUUGAUAAACAAGGACAUGUCGUACCUGUUGCAAAUACUGCAAAAAUUUAACAGGCAUCUCGUGCUGAAGAGUAAUAAAUCUAGAGAGUUGAAUGGCGGUAUUAUUAGUAAUAGUAGCAGUAGCAAUAGUAGCAGUAACACUAACAUUAGCAGUAACGAUAGCAGUAACACUAGCAGUAACGAUAGUGGUAACACAAAUAGUACCUCCAAUAUCACUAGCAGUACUAACACCAAUAACACUAUCAGUACUGGCCAUACUGGUACAGCAGGUGAUGCCGGUCCAGAGUCUACGAAAAUGGAUAGUUACGACGUGAUUAAGGUAGAUAAUGACAAAAUAGUGGUUGAAAGUUACACUGGGAACCUGGAUAACAACUACUGCUUACUGGGAUCGUGCGACUCUCUGAACUAUUUGGUGGAGCACGUGAAUACUAAGAUAAGUGAAGACGUGGAGUUGGCGGCACUGUACAAGAGUAUGAAUAACUCGUAUAACCUGUACUAUAAGACGAGGCCAAACCCAAGUCACCAGUACAUACAGCUGUCAAACCAGUUUUUUAAAACGUACACGAAUCAGCAGCUGUUUCAGCUGUAUCACAGAGACUACUCGCAGAGCAAGGACGCGUCCAGUUCAAGUGAUGCUGCUGGUGUUUCUGCAAAGCUUGACGGAGCCGCUUCUGUAAAAUUUGGUGCCGACUAUGAAUCCGUAAAACUUGAUAUCGCAGACGAUGCUGUAAAAUUGGAUGCCGACGACGAUACUGCAAUACACGACACACGUGGUGUUUCUGUAAAAUUGGAUGCCGGUGACGAAUCCGUAAAACAUGAUUCCGAGGAUGAUUCACCUAAGCACUACGAAGAUGAAAACAAUAGAGAGACAAGCAAGCCUGAGGUGACUGAGAAGGACUACUUGAAGUACCUGGAGAGCUACAGGCCGGACUCUAAAAUCACGAGGUUGAACAUAAACCAGGACUCGAUAAACUACAUGAAGCAGUUCAAGAUGUCGAACUUCAACGUGAGCAGUCUGAAGGACUUCAGCGUCUUCAAGGUCAGCAGCAAGGAGGACUCGCUGGUUAAGGCAGGAGACAGGGACGCACUCGUGGGCGAGGAAAACGAAGGCGACAUGAGUAACCUGGUCCUGGACAUCACGCCUGACAACGAGGACCUGAUGAAAAAGAAACGCUACUUGACGAAGCAGGUCUGGAACCGUAACACGAAGAAGUAUCAGCAGGUGACGGUGGACGUCUUCAACAACAACAAGGUGGUGUCGAAGGCAUCGGCGGCAUCCGCAGGCGGAAGCGGCAAGGGAGCUAAGGGCCUCUCUAAAAGCGGUAAGGGCAGUGGCAAGGGCGGCUCGUCAGGGAAGAGCGGGGAGAUGGAGAACAAGAGCCUCUUUAAGAAGUGGAUGAAGAAGUCGUCGCGCAGAAUUCAGCACGUGGGCGAGUUGGAGAACGUCAGCACUGCCGCCGGCGACGCCCCCAAGGGCCCCAAGGUCAAGUCCGGCCUCGACGACGUCGACCUCGGCGAGCUCAAGGCCAUGUUCCCCAAGCACAGCGGCGUCAUCGACGCCUUCGAGGCCAACGAGAAGCUGACGCACAAGCAGGUCAGGAUCCUCAACAAGCUCACGAACCCGAACCACGACUCGUCGAGGCCCGCGAAGAAGAAGACGCUCAAGAAGAAGGCGAAGAGGCUCAGCAAGUCCGAGUACAUGAAGAAGCGCAUGGCGAAGAUCGCCAAGCGUGGCGCUCCCAACCGAUCUAAGAUAAUAGUGCGCAAGCGCUAA